AUGACGGACUCGAAGUACUUCACCACCACGAAGAAAGGGGAGAUAUUUGAGCUGAAAGCCGAACUGAACAGCGACAAGAAGGAGAAGAAGAAGGAGGCUGUGAAGAAGGUGAUAGCAUCCAUGACUGUUGGCAAAGACGUCAGCGCUCUCUUCCCCGACGUGGUGAACUGCAUGCAGACAGACAACCUGGAGCUGAAGAAGCUGGUCUACCUCUACCUGAUGAACUACGCCAAGAGCCAGCCAGAUAUGGCCAUCAUGGCAGUCAACACCUUCGUGAAGGACUGCGAGGACCCAAACCCUCUGAUCCGGGCUCUGGCUGUGCGGACCAUGGGCUGCAUCCGCGUGGACAAGAUCACGGAGUAUCUCUGUGAGCCCCUGCGGAAGUGCCUGAAGGACGAGGACCCUUACGUGCGCAAGACGGCAGCCGUCUGCGUGGCAAAGCUCCACGACAUCAACGCCCAGCUGGUGGAGGACCAGGGCUUCCUGGACACCCUUAAAGACCUCAUCUCAGACUCCAACCCCAUGGUAGUGGCCAAUGCAGUAGCGGCUCUCUCGGAAAUAGCGGAGUCUCACCCGAGCAGUAACCUCCUGGACCUCAACCCCCAGUCCAUCAACAAGCUGCUCACAGCCUUGAACGAGUGCACCGAGUGGGGCCAGAUCUUCAUCCUGGACUGCCUGGCAAACUACAUGCCCAAGGAUGACCGGGAAGCCCAGAGCAUUUGCGAGCGGGUGACGCCCCGGCUGUCCCACGCCAACUCGGCGGUGGUGCUCUCGGCGGUGAAGGUGCUGAUGAAGUUCAUGGAGAUGCUGUCGAAGGACCUGGAUUAUUACGGCACGCUGCUAAAGAAGCUGGCCCCACCGCUGGUCACCCUGCUCUCCGCAGAGCCCGAGCUGCAGUACGUGGCUCUGCGCAACAUCAACCUCAUCGUGCAGAAAAGGCCCGAGAUCCUGAAACAUGAGAUGAAGGUGUUCUUUGUGAAGUACAAUGAUCCCAUCUACGUCAAACUGGAGAAGUUGGACAUCAUGAUCCGCCUGGCUUCUCAGGCCAACAUCGCUCAGGUGCUGGCAGAGCUGAAGGAAUACGCCACAGAGGUGGAUGUGGAUUUCGUAAGGAAGGCGGUUCGAGCCAUCGGCCGCUGUGCCCUCCGACAGCAAUCGGCCGAGCGCUGUGUCAGCACCCUGCUCGACCUCAUCCAGACCAAAGUCAACUACGUGGUGCAGGAGGCCAUCGUCGUCAUCAAGGACAUCUUCCGCAAGUACCCCAACAAGUACGAGAGCGUGAUUGCCACCCUCUGCGAGAACCUCGACUCCCUGGAUGAGCCCGAGGCCCGGGCUGCCAUGAUCUGGAUCGUGGGAGAGUACGCCGAGCGGAUCGACAACGCCGACGAGCUGCUGGAGAGCUUCCUGGAGGGCUUCCACGAUGAGAGCACCCAGGUUCAGCUGCAGCUGCUGACGGCCAUCGUGAAGCUGUUUCUGAAGAAGCCCACUGAGACGCAGGAGCUGGUGCAGCAGGUGCUGAGCCUGGCCACGCAGGACUCCGACAACCCCGACCUGCGGGACCGUGGCUACAUCUACUGGCGCCUGCUCUCCACCGACCCCGUGGCCGCCCCGGCGCUCUGGGCCGAGCUGAUCUGCUACAUCGGGACGCUGGCCUCCGUCUAUCACAAACCUCCCAGCGCCUUCGUGGAGGGGAGCAGGGGGGUCGUGCACAAGAGCUUGCCCCCGCGAACGGGCUCGAGCGAGAGCGCCGAGAGCCCUGACACAGCCCCCUCGGGGGUGCAGGCGGCAGAGCAGCCGGCCGUCAUCCCCACACAGGGCGACCUGCUGAAAAAAGCCUGGGCCCCGCCUGUGAGCGGGCCUCCCAUUGCCACCUCCUCCGUGCAGAUGGGUGCCGUGGACCUCCUUGGGGGCGGCUUGGACAGCCUGAUGGGGGACGAGUCGGAAGGGAUGGGUGGCGGCGGGGGCAGUUUCGCACCAGCGCCCAGUGCUGCGAUGCCCGCGAACCUGGGGGCACCCCUCGGCAGCGGCCUGGGAGAUCUCUUCGACCUCACCGCACCGAAGGGUUCGCUUUGGGUGAAACCCCAAGGGUUUCUUGUCUCCUUAACCCAGGUCUGGCUCCCUGCCAUGAAAGCCAAGGGGCUGGAGAUCUCCGGCACCUUCAGCAGGCAGGUGGGCUCCAUCUCCAUGGACCUCGUGCUAACGAACAAAGCCCUGCAGGUCAUGUCCGACUUCGCCAUCCAGUUCAACCGCAACAGCUUCGGCCUGGCCCCAGCAGCUCCUCUCCAGGUCCACGCGCCUCUCGCCCCCAACCAGUCCGUGGAGAUCUCCCUUCCGCUGAACACCGUCGGCUCUGUCAUGAAGAUGGACCCUCUGAACAAUCUCCAGGUCGCGGUGAAAAACAACAUUGACGUCUUCUACUUCAGCACCCUGUACCCGCUGCACAUCCUCUUCGUGGAGGACGGGAAGAUGGAGCGGCAGAUGUUCCUGGCCACUUGGAAGGACAUUCCCAAUGAGAACGAGGCCCAGUUCCAGAUCAAAGACUGUUCUCUCAACGCAGAUGCCGUUAGCAGCAAGCUCCAGGGCAGCAACAUCUUCACCAUAGCCAAGAGGAACGUGGAGGGCCAAGACAUGCUCUACCAGUCCCUGAAGCUCACCAACGGUAUCUGGGUGCUGGCAGAGCUCAGGAUCCAGCCCAGCAAUCCCAGCUUCACGGAUUUGGAGUUGUCCCUGAAAUGCCGAGCGCCGGAGGUGUCCCAGUACAUUUACCAAGCCUACGAAACCAUCCUGAAGAACUAA